UCCCGCACGGUGAUCGGCUAUCGUCGUACAUUGGCGUUGGCAAGUUCCGGAGUCGGACUAACCAUAUUGUCUGACCUGAGAACCAUUCCUUCCUACCACCGCCGGCAGUUCUAACUAAAAGCAUAACCGCACCGCCUACGCUCCUCCAAUCGCGCCCUACCGCACCUCGGCACUGCGUCACUCAUGGACUCCCUCACGGGAGCUCUGUCGCCCUCCUCCACUGCUCCGUCUCGGUCGUCGCCGUUUCCCGGUCGGGAAGACUGCUGGAGUGAGGACGCCACCUUCACUCUCAUCGAUGCUUGGGGUGAACGUCACCUUGAGCUCAAUCGAGGAAACCUCCGUCAGAAGCAUUGGCAAGAGGUCGCCGACGCCGUUAACGCCAAUCAUGGCCACGUCAAGAAGGCGCGCCGCACUGACGUUCAGUGCAAAAACCGCAUCGACACUCUGAAGAAGAAGUACAAGAUCGAGAAGAACAAGGUCAUCGAUUUCGACGGGAACUAUACUAGCCCUUGGCCCUUCUUCGCUCGCCUUGACGCUCUCAUAGGCGAUACGUUUCCAGUUAAGAGACUUCCGCCGGCGAUCGACAGUAGCCGCCGUAGCUCCCCUCCGGCAAAGUCUCCGGCGUGGGUAACCUCACAGGUGCCUGUCGGCCCCCGAUCCGGCACUCAGAAACGGCCGGCGUUGCCGGCUCCGGUGCCGGCGAGCAUGAAAGACCCGUCUUUCCGUCGGAAAUUCUCAGCUUUCGCAGCGGCAGCUGCAGCAGCGGCGGAGGCAGGGGAUGCAGACAGUGACGAUUCGGAUGAGUCAAGGUCAAGUAGUGCCACUGGAAGUAAAAAGAGAGGUAGAGAAAGGGAGAAAAACAGGGAAAGCGAUAGGGAUUCAGAAUUCGGGUACAGAGAGCUGGCACAAGCAAUAGAGAGGUUUGGGGAGAUAUACGAGAGAGUAGAGGCGGCGAAGCAAAGGCAAAUGGUGGAGUUAGAGAAACAGAGGAUGCAAUUUGCUAAGGAUUUGGAGUACCAGAGGAUGGAGCUUUUCAUGGAAACGCAGGUUCAGCUUCAAAAAAUCAAACGCGCCAAGCGAUCUUCUCAGACUGACAGUUUCUCGUAGUAAGUGGUGAUGGAGAAUCUUGCAGGGAGAAAAAAAUAUAGAAUUUAGCUUUGAAUAUGAAAAAUAUAGAUUCUCUUUUUGGAAAGAAAGGAAUCUGAGAAAGGUAUUUUUGGGUCAGCUUUGGAUGUACCUAUUUAUAUAGUAGUUACCCUUGUGAAGUAAAUUUAGUGUCUUUGUCACUGGCUGAGGAUUAGCGGAGGAUAUAAUGAACAACGAGGCCCUUCAAGGCUCACUCAAAUGAAAAUUUCAUUUCUUAAUUUGACAUAUAUUUUCAA